GCUGCUUUCAAAAGGCGCAGGCAGCCUCGGUCUGCCUUCACAGCGCAUCAGGCAGCAGAGCAUGCCUUUCCGAACUUUUGCACGAGAGAGGAGGAGGAAGAGGAGGAGGCAGGGGAGAAACUUCAGGGCUCUCCUGUCCGAGGCCACUGAGAGGCUGUAACCUGGCCAUCAUCAGCGAGCGAGAGGGGCAAAACAAAAGAGAAAGAGAGAGACCGAGGAAGGGGAUUUGCUGGAAUGGCUGGGCAGAAACGUCCUUGUGUCCUAGUAGGCUAACAGCAGGGACGCUCGGAGUUUGCAACUGGCAGAGCAAGAGCCUGAAUCGCAGGAUGGAAGCAGGACCCGGUGCCUCAGUUUCUCUUCCCCUGUCCGUCUGCUCCUCCUCUUCCUUUGGAUCCGCUACAAAUGGAGGCUACUGAAGUGUGGCCCUCCAGGCGCCCGCGGAGCUGAGAACUCAGCCGCCUCUCCCUUCGGUGGGCCCGCUCCAAAAGGACCAUGGGCGCCUUAGGGAGCGAGGAGAGCUACAGCAUCCAAGCCACGGCCACCAUCGCCGCAGUCACCACUUUCCUGAUCCUCUUCACCAUCUUUGGCAACGUGCUGGUGAUCAUCGCCGUCUUGACCAGCCGGUCUCUGAAGGCUCCUCAGAACCUCUUCCUGGUGUCCCUGGCGGCGGCAGAUAUUCUGGUGGCCACCCUCAUCAUCCCUUUCUCCCUUGUCAACGAGCUGAUGGGCUACUGGUACUUCAGCAAGACCUGGUGCAAGUCCUACCUGGCGCUGGACGUCCUCUUCUGCACGGCUUCCAUUGUGCAUCUCUGCGCCAUCAGCUUGGACCGCUACUGGUCGGUCAGCCAGGCCAUCGAGUACAAUUUCAAGAGGACCCCCCGUCGGAUCAAAUGCAUCAUCCUGAUGGUGUGGCUGGUUUCGGCGUUGAUCUCCUUACCGCCGCUGGUCCUCAAGGAGAACCCGAACCUGGCCGAAGAGGACAUCCCCAGAUGCGAACUCAACGAUGAGCCGUGGUACGUCCUCUCAUCCAGCACCUGUUCCUUCUUCGCUCCCUGCGUCAUCAUGAUUUUGGUGUAUCUCAGGAUCUAUUUUAUAGCCAGGCGCCGGAACAGACGUGGCUCUCAAGCUAAGGGGCCCAAAGAGAAGGCCCAAGAUGAGAAGUUACCAAACAAGGGGAGCCCACCUGAGGCUGCUCCUCCCAAGCAGGACCAGGCAAAGCCGGGAGGGAAAGUGGAGUCGAAUGGACUUCAGGUCCCUCCCUUAGAAGGUGACCAAGCAGACUCCCCUUCUCUCUCGACCAAAAACUUUUCUCUCCAAAGCCAGGAUGGCAGAGAGCCAGAGCCAGAUUCUGCCGGUAGCCCUUCCCCAUCCUUGCCGGAGAAGAAGCCAUCUUCAGAAUCCAGCCCCGUGGAUUGCCUUCCCGGGAACAACGUCCAGAGGAUCAACGGAGCUCCUUCCAAGUCACCACCAGCCAUGGACACCUUGGCCACGGCCCAAGGGGAGGUCCAGCUGGUGAGGAAAGUCAAGACCCUCAGUGCCAACCCUUGGAAGAGGAAGACCCACCUCAACCGGGAGAAGAGGUUCACCUUCGUUCUCACGGUAGUGAUUGGGGUCUUUAUAAUCUGUUGGUUCCCCUUUUUUUUCCUCUACUGCCUACGGGCCAUCUGCCCCUCCGGCUACUGCUCCAUCCCAGACAGCACCUUCAAGUUUUUCUUCUGGAUUGGCUACUGCAAUAGCUCCUUGAACCCCGUCAUCUACACCAUCUUCAACCAGGACUUCCGCAAAGCCUUCCGGAAAAUACUCUGUCGGCAAUGGACUCAGACGGCUUGGUGAGACCGGCUGGGAUCCAACGGGGAGAGACGAAGCGAGGAAGGCGGUGUUUGGCUCCCCCCACCCAACGGCAUCUCUCUUGGCGAAAGAGGGAACUUGGCAACUCUAUAAACAAAACUCCCGAAACCUAUUUAUUGUGUGUGUGGGGGGGUCUUUUGUGCUAGCAGGUAAGGGAGUGAGGUGAGUGCUGGAUCUAACGUGUGUGUGUGUGUGUGUCCCAGAGAGACACAAGUGUGUACAGAAACUCACACAUGGACAUGUUUGUUUGUUUGUUUGUUUUUUCCAAUGUAUGUUUUUCACUAAAAUGACUUGCC